UGCAGUGUUCCCACAGAUCCCCAAGACUAAACAUCGACAUUGUCUGCAUUUACGCGUGUUGGAAAACCAGAGUAACAUACAAGAUGCUGGAGGAACCCAGCAGGUCAGACAGUGUCUAUGGUCAGAGUAACACACAAAAUGCUGCAGGAACUCAGCAGGUCAGACAGUGUCUAUGGACAGAGUAACACACACAAAAUGCUGCAGGAACUCAGCAGGUCGGGCAGUGUCUAUGGACAGAGUAACACACACAAAAUGCUGCAGGAACUCAGCAGGUCAGACAGUGUCUAUGGACAGAGUAACACACACAAAAUGCUGCAGGAACUCAGCAGGUCAGACAGUGUCUAUGGACAGAGUAACACACACAAAAUGCUGCAGGAACUCAGCAGGUCAGACAGUGUCUAUGGUCAGAGUAACACACACAAAAUGCUGCAGGAACUCAGCAGGUCAGACAGUAUCUAUGGACAGAGUAACACACACAAAAUGCUGCAGGAACUCAGCAGGUCAGACAGUGUCUAUGGACAGAGUAACACAUACAAGAUGCUGCAGGAACUCAGCAGGUCAGACAGUGUCUAUGGACAGAGUAACACACACAAAAUGCUGCAGGAACUCAGCAGGUCAGACAGUGUCUAUGGACAGAGUAACACAUACAAGAUGCUGCAGGAACUCAGCAGGUCAGGCAGUGUCUAUGGACAGGGUAACACACACAAAAUGCUGCAGGAAUUCAGCAGGUCAGACAGUGUCUAUGGACAGAGUAAUACAUACAAGAUGCUGCAGGAACUCAGCAGGUCAGACAGUGUCUAUGGACAGGGUAACACACACAAAAUGCUGCAGGAACUCAGCAGGUCAGACAGUGUCUAUGGACAGGGUAACACACACAAAAUGCUGCAGGAACUCAGCAGGUCAGACAGUGUCUAUGGUCAGAGUAACACACAAAAUGCUGCAGGAACUCAGCAGGUCAGACAGUGUCUAUGGUCAGAGUAACACACAAAAUGCUGCAGGAACUCAGCAGGUCAGACAGUGUCUAUGGACAGAGUAACACACACAAAAUGCUGCAGGAACUCAGCAGGUCAGACAGUGUCUAUGGACAGAGUAACACACACAAAAUGCUGCAGGAACUCAGCAGGUCAGACAGUGUCUAUGGUCAGAGUAACACACAAAAUGCUACAGGAACUCAGCAGGUCAGACAGUGUCUAUGGACAGAGUAACACACACAAAAUGCUGCAGGAACUCAGCAGGUCAGACAGUGUCUAUGGACAGAGUAACACACACAAAAUGCUGCAGGAACUCAGCAGGUCAGACAGUGUCUAUGGACAGAGUAACACAUACAAGAUGCUGCAGGAACUCAGCAGGUCAGACAGUGUCUAUGGACAGAGCAACACACACAAAAUGCUGCAGGAACUCAGCAGGUCAGACAGUGUCUAUGGACAGAGUAACACAUACAAGAUGCUGCAGGAACUCAGCAGGUCAGGCAGUGUCUGGACAGGGUAACACACACAAGAUGCUGCAGGAACUCAGCAGGUCAGACAGUGUCUAUGGACAGAGUAAUACAUACAAGAUGCUGCAGGAACUCAGCAGGUCAGACAGUGUCUAUGGUCAGAGUAACACACAAAAUGCUGCAGGAACUCAGCAGGUCAGACAGUGUCUAUGGACAGAGUAACACACACAAAAUGCUGGAGGAACUCAGCAGGUCAGACAGUGUCUAUGGACAGAGUAACACACACAAAAUGCUGCAGGAACUCAGCAGGUCAGACAGUGUCUAUGGUCAGAGUAACACACAAAAUGCUGCAGGAACUCAGCAGGUCAGACAGUGUCUAUGGACAGAGUAACACAUACAAGAUGCUGCAGGAACUCAGCAGGUCAGACAGUGUCUAUGGACAGAGUAAUACAUACAAGAUGCUGCAGGAACUCAGCAGGUCAGGCAGUGUCUAUGGACAGAGUAACACACACAAAAUGCUGCAGGAACUCAGCAGGUCAGACAGUGUCUAUGGUCAGAGUAACACACAAAAUGCUGCAGGAACUCAGCAGGUCAGGCAGUGUCUAUAGACAGAGUAACACAUACAAGAUGCUGCAGGAACUCAGCAGGUCAGACAGUGUCUAUGGACAGAGUAACACACACAAAAUGCUGGAGGAACUCAGCAGGUCAGACAGUGUCUAUGGACAGAGUAACAUACAAGAUGCUGCAGGAACUCAGCAGGUCAGACAGUGUCUGGACAGAGUAACACAUACAAGAUGCUGCAGGAACUCAGCAGGUCAGACAGUGUCUAUGGACAGAGUAACACACAAGGUGCUGGAGGAAUUCAGCAGGUCAGACAGUGUCUAUGGACAGAGUAACACACACAAAAUGCUGGAGGAACUCAGCAGGUCAGACAGUGUCUAUGGACAGAGUAACAUACAAGAUGCUGCAGGAACUCAGCAGGUCAGACAGUGUCUGGACAGAGUAACACAUACAAGAUGCUGCAGGAACUCAGCAGGUCAGGCAGUGUCUAUGGACAGGGUAACACACAAAAUGCUGCAGGAACUCAGCAGGUCAGACAGUGUCUAUGGACAGAGUAACACACACAAAAUGCUGCAGGAACUCAGCAGGUCAGGCAGUGUCUAUGGACAGGGUAACACACACAAAAUGCUGCAGGAACUCAGCAGGUCAAACAGUGUCUAUGGACAGAGUAACACACACAAAAUGCUGCAGGAACUCAGCAGGUCAGACAGUGUCUAUGGACAGAGUAACACAUACAAGAUGCUGCAGGAACUCAGCAUGUCAGACAGAGUCUGGACAGAGUAACACACAAGAUGCUGCAGGAACUCAGCAGGUCAGGCAGUGUCUAUGGACAGGGUAACACACACAAAAUGCUGCAGGAACUCAGCAGGUCAGGCAGUGUCUAUGGACAGGGUAAAACACAAAAUGCUGCAGGAACUCAGCAGGUCAGACAGUGUCUAUGGACAGAGUAACACACACAAAAUGCUGCAGGAACUCAGCAGGUCAGACAGUGUCUAUGGUCAGAGUAACACAAACACAGAUGCUGCAGGAACUCAGCAGGUCAGACAGUGUCUAUGGACAGAGUAACACACAAGAUGCUGGAGGAACUCAGCAGGUCAGACAGUGUCUAUGGACAGAGUAACACACACAAAAUGCUGCAGGAACUCAGCAGGUCAGACAGUGUCUAUGGACAGAGUAGCACAUACACGAUGCUGCAGGAACUCAGCAGGUCAGGCAGUGUCUAUGGACAGGGUAACACACAAAAUGCUGCAGGAACUCAGCAGGUCAGACAGUGUCUAUGGACAGGGUAACACACACAAAAUGCUGCAGGAACUCAGCAGGUCAGACAGUGUCUAUGGACAGGGUAACACACAAAAUGCUGCAGGAACUCAGCAGGUCAGACAGUGUCUAUGGACAGAGUAACACACACAAAAUGCUGCAGGAACUCAGCAGGUCAGACAGUGUCUAUGGUCAGAGUAACACACAAGAUGCUGUAGGAACUCAGCAGGUCAGACAGUGUCUAUGGACAGAGUAACACACACAAAAUGCUGGAGGAACUCAGCAGGUCAGGCAGUGUCUAUGGUCAUAGUAAUACACAAGAUGCUGCAGGAACUCAGCAGGUCAGGCAGUGUCUAUGGACAGAGUAACACACACAAAAUGCUGCAGGAACUCAGCAGGUCAGACAGUGUCUAUGGACAGAGUAACACACAAGAUGCUGCAGGAACUCAGCAGGUCAGACAGUGUCUGUGGACAGAGUAACACACACAAAAUGCUGCAGGAACUCAGCAGGUCAGACAGUGUCUAUGGACAGAGUAACACACAAGAUGCUGCAGGAACUCAGCAGGUCAGACAGUGUCUAUGGACAGAGUAACACACAAAAUGCUGCAGGAACUCAGCAGGUCAGACAGUGUCUAUGGACAGAGUAACACACAAGAUGCUGCAGGAACUCAGCAGGUCAGACAGUGUCUAUGGACAGAGUAACACACAAGAUGCUGUAGGAACUCAGCAGGUCAGACAGUGUCUAUGGACAGAGUAACACACACAAAAUGCUGCAGGAACUCAGCAGGUCAGACAGUGUCUAUGGACAGAGUAACACACAAGAUGCUGCAGGAACUCAGCAGGUCAGACAGUGUCUAUGGACAGAGUAACACACAAAAUGCUGCAGGAACUCAGCAGGUCAGACAGUGUCUAUGGACAGAGUAACACACAAGAUGCUGCAGGAACUCAGCAGGUCAGACAGUGUCUAUGGACAGAGUAACACACAAGAUGCUGUAGGAACUCAGCAGGUCAGACAGUGCCUAUGGAGGGGAAUAAGCCUUACCUGGCUGGUGGAGGGGAAUAUUUGCCCAUUUCUCCCCCGAUUCCAAAAACCAUUCUGGUUCCCCUCUCACCUGUUCUCUUCUGCACACCUAUCCAGCAUUUCCCUUUGGUUCCCUCGCUCUGCCGGCUGGUGGCCUAGUGGCAUCAGCGCCAGACUUCGGAGCCGAUGCCGUUACAGAUUCCCGAUUUCGAAUCCAGCCAGCUCCCUUGUAUGCUUUCCAUCAGUGCUAGGCUGAGCGUCGAGCUAGCGACUCGGCCUCGUAAAAACAAGAAUGCCUGCUAAAAAAAACACUGUUACGACGGCGUCCCGGUGACUCCACUCGGAGUUAAGGGCUUACUUCUUCUUCUUCCCUUCCUCCUUGCCUUUCACCCACUCUGCUCUCGUAUCAGAUUCCUCUUCAUUCAGCCCUUUACCUUUUCCACCUAUCACCUUACAGCUUCUUGCUUUGUUACCCCCCUCACCUUGUCAUUCAGCUUCUCCUUUCCAGUCCUGAUGAAGUGUUCCAGCUCGAAAUGUCAACUCUGUAUUUCCUUCCACAGAUGCUGCCUGACCUGCUGAGUUCCUCCAGCCCUCUGAGUGAUUGUUUCUCUAAGCUGAAGGUUGGAGUUUGCUCAUGGAAAGAAGCUGUUAGUGGUUCAAUUCAGUGACUAGAUUAUUAUCUGCCUGUGUGUUCUCCUUCACUUAGAGACGGUUGAGGAUAGUUUAAAGUGUAAGGUUUUGGUGCUCAGUGCAAGGCUGGCAUGCUGGGGAACACUGGUGAAGGACCUGCUGACCGGGCAGAGGGGGAAAGGUGUUCAACAGGGACUUGUGAUCGGAACCUUGUGUUUAAAAAUGCUCAGCAGCAUUCGGAAAGAACCUGGUCAAUUCCCCUCAUUUCAAUAGGACGAGAAUAUAAGAGCAAGGAUGUGAUACUGAGGCUUUUCAGACAUUGGUCUGAAAGGACUAGCUGUCAUUAGGUUCACAGAAAGGACCUUGGGCAUGAAAGGGUUGAUGUACAAUAUGAGGAGUUUUUGAUGGCUCUUCGUUUUAAAAUAUCAUAAAAAAUGUUGAUGCCUCUGGACGUAUAUUUGCUGGAGUUUAGAAGAAUGAAGGGAAUCUCAUUGAAACGUCGGGAAUAUUGGCAGGCCUGGAAGAGCGGAUGUGGAGAGGAUGUUUGCCGUGGUGGGGGAGUUGAGGACCAGAGGGAUAUCCAUUCAGAUCAGAGAUGAGAAGGAAGAUGGUUUGCCUGUGGAAUUCAUUGCCACAGACGGUGUGGAGGCCAGGUCACUGGGUGUAUUUAAAGUAGAGGUUGAUAGGUUCUUGUUUAGUUAAGGUGUCAAGGAUUACAGGGAGUGGGGUUUGGUGGGUAAUAAAUAAGCCAUGAUGGGCUGAAUGGCCUAAUUCUGCUCUUUGUUUUUUGAGUUUAUGGUGUUCUGAACGUCGUGGGCACUCUACGUUAACUCAGGAAUGUGUGCUGACAUUUGUAGGCUGUCCACACAAAUGGUGCAUUUCACUGUAUGGUUUGAUGUACCUGUGAUAAAUAAGCUGGAAUAUGAGAAGUAUCAGUGGAGAUUGUGAGAGUAACUGUUGACCUUAAC